UCAGCCAGCCGCCAUGGCGGCAGCAGCGCCGUCUCGGUCCGUCGUCGUCGUGCCGUUGGCGCCGUUCUCCGUGUGAGGCCUCCAGGACCCCGUCGUGCGGCAGCAUGGCCUCGGCGGCCUCGGCCCAGUCGCUGCUGCCCGUGCCCAAGGCGGGCAGGCACCAUCGCCACCGCCACCGCGGCCGCCGCAGCGCCAGCGAGGACCCCGUCGACAACAUGCGCCACAACAUCAACAUUAACAACAACAACCAGGACGCCGUCGACGAGAAGACGUCCAAGACGCGGCGCAACGAGCGCGUGUCGCGGCGCAGCCAGCACCACCGCGUGGGCAGCCUGCUGGCCGCCGACCUGGACGAGCAGGACACGGCCGUGGAGCUGCCGCUGCCGCCGCUGCCCGUGCUCAACGACAACGACCUGUACCUGCAGCGCCAGCACGCCCGGCGCACGCUCAGCGCCGCCCCGCGCCUGCAGCACAACAACAACAACAUCUACGACCAGGUUCUAGUGCAGAAUGGAAGAACUGGUGGUGAUCUCAGCAGUGAGGUGACAAGUGCAGCCAACAUCUUUGCCCAUCUUGGGCUGGCGCUUAACUUGAGACCCUCAUCUAUGAAUGGGGCCAUCAACACGGGCAACGAGAGGCUGGAGAUCAAACAGAACAACACGAUGCACCUCUCCAAGGAGCAUGUGGUGGAGGUCAAGGAAGAAGAUGAACGAAGGACAUCACCAGAGGCAUGUGACAAGAAAACCUAUUCUGAUUCUGAGGAGGAGAACUUUGAGGACAGAAACAGGACGCAAAUGACAAAUAGCGCAACACAAACUCAAGCUGGAACCCCAGGCACCCCAACAGAUCCCAACAAUGUUACUGCAGCUGGAGAGAAGGAAGCGGCAGCAACUGCCUCAUUUUAUCACAGCGCCUGGCCUCCUGUGGACCCAACGCUCUGGCAUUCAGGCCCCAGCAGCCUUGGUGGGCCCCCCAUGUCUUCCUCCAAUGGAUACUGCACAUCUUCGGACGUCCCUGAUCCAAUGAGUGCAUCAUCUAGUGUAGUAUCUGGGCCAAUACCGUUGGAUGGACUUCCAUCUCGCCGUGGUUUCUUCUCAUCUUCGGAAAACCCCGGUGCUAUGAGUGCAUCUUCUAGUUUGGCUUCCGGCCCAAUACCGUUGGAUGGAUUAGCAUCUCGUCGAGCACACAACCAGCAGCAGCUAGGUGCCAAAGUAGAAAUGGUUUAUGGAUUGUUGUCGAUGCUUGGUACACAUGACCGUCAGGAUAUGAGUCGUAAACUUCUCGCCAUGAGCUCUUCCCCUGACAGCUGUGUUGCCAUGAGGCAGUCAGGUUGUCUUCCACUAUUAGUUCAGCUGCUGCAUUCUUCUGAACAAGAUGCUGAAAUCCGAAAUAGAGCUGCUCAAGCACUCUCCAACAUGGUGCACGCUUACCCAGAUGACAAGAGGAGCAGACGAGAAGGCCGAGUAUUAAAAUUGUUGGAACAAGUCAGGUUGUACUGUGAAGCCCUUCGUAGUGGUCAAGAUGUGGAAACAAUGCCCUCUCAUACUGAAGAUGGAGACAAGCAUCCUGGACCAACCAUUGCAGCUCUUAUGAAAUUGUCUUUUGAUGAAGAGCAUAGGCAUGCUAUGUGUCAGUUAGGAGGAUUAUAUGCAAUAGCUCAGCUUAUUCAGGUUGAUCAUGAAGCUCAUGGUAGCACUACAAAUGACCAAAACUGUGUGACCUUGCGACGAUAUGCAGGGAUGGCUUUAACAAAUCUUACAUUUGGUGAUGGUACCAACAAGGCUUUGCUGUGCUCAUUUAGAGAUUUCAUGCGAGCCCUAGUUGCUCAACUUGCUUCUCCAAGUGAAGAUUUACGCCAGGUUACCGCCUCAGUUCUCCGUAAUCUCUCAUGGAGGGCUGAUUCUCAGAGUAAGCAAACACUACGAGAAGUUGGAGCAGUUACUGCUCUGAUGUGUUCUGCUAUGGAGGCGCAGAAGGAAUCCACUCUGAAAUCCGUUCUCUCUGCACUUUGGAAUCUUUCUGCUCACUGCAGUUUAAAUAAGGUUGAUAUUUGUGCUGUAGAUGGAGCUUUGGUGUUUUUAGUUCAGAUGUUGAGUUAUAAAGCUCCCUCGAAGACCCUUGCAAUUAUUGAGAAUGCAGGGGGUAUUCUUCGCAAUAUUUCUAGUCAUGUGGCAGUCCGCGAGGAUUACAGGGCUACUUUGCGUGAGCACAACUGCCUACAAGUUCUCUUGCAGCAGCUGAAAUCAACCAGUUUGACAAUUGUCAGCAAUGCCUGUGGCACCCUCUGGAAUCUGUCUGCACGUUGCCAAGAAGAUCAGAGAACCUUGUGGGCCUUAGGUGCCCCAGCUAUGCUUCGCAGUUUGGUUCACUCAAAGCAUAAGAUGAUUUCAAUGGGUUCAAGUGCAACACUCAAGAACUUACUGUCUGCCAAACCUGAAAAUGAUGACUCUUGCUUCCGCCAUUUAGAUUCUACAGCCAGGAGUCUUGGCUUACAAUCUUUACCUGGUCUAUAUGCCAGGAAACAAAAAGCUCUGGAACAAGAGCUUGACCAAACACUUACUGAGACAUUUGACAACAUUGAACCUUCGACUUCACCAUCAACAUCCACUGUGGGGUUGAGGGAUGAUAAAUUUGUUUUCUCAUUGACAGAGAGGGAUGUUUACCGCCAACGCCCUCAGCAGCCUUUGACAUUGCAAAAGCCUUCCCCUAAGAUUCGCCCUAAUGUUGUCUCACAUUCUGACAGCAAAGAAUCAGUAACCAGCACCCAUUCUGACUCAGUUUAUGAGCGUUUAAUGAGGGCUGGUACUGCAGAUGCUACCCAAUCAGGGUCAUUGAAAGAUGACAGGAAAUUGCAUUCAAGUAUGAGUGAUUCCGAUAGAGUUGGAUCUGAUGGAGGUAAACAGGACACCAGAGCUUCAUCUGAUCGUAAAUUCCUGCAACGAUAUCUGAAUAAUCUUAAUUCAUCCAGUACUGCUAGUGGAAAUAGUAGUGCUGUAGUUGCCAUGAAUGUUUCUUCUGACCAAAAUAAAAAUCCGGUCAACAUGAAUGUGGUUGAAAAUGGAGUGGCUAAUUUGAUGAUUGCAGAGGAGGGUGACAGUGGAAGUCAGAAAAAGUGGCAGGCAUGGACUGAACAGAGACCUGCAUCUGGGGAUGGAAAGCAACCUCUAUCCAUCAAAGAAGAGUUCAAUGCAUCUACCUCUGUGUCUGAAAAAGAAGAAGCAGUGGAGGGUGCUCAGUCCUCCAAUGUCAAUAACAAUGAUGAAGGAUCAUCAUCUGCCCCUACAGCUGCAGUUCGACCUCGAGGGUCUCAAUCUCAAGCCUUUGUUCCAGUUCGAAACAAGUAUAUGGAGUCAGGUGCUGAAGAAGACUUGGAGUGUCCGACUCAGGAUCGCCCUAUUGACUUUUCACAGCGCUAUGCGUCUGAAAUAGAACCAUCUAAAGAACACAAUUCUCAGCCUGUUCCUGCCAAGAGAGAAGGCAAGAAGAAGGGGGGUCCAGCAGUUUAUGGUGAUUAUGCUGAAACUGAUCUGGAUCAACCAACUGACUACAGUCUUCAGUAUGGUGAAGAGGAUGAUUUGUCUGAUUUUGAAGCACCAGAAAUUCCUAUUUCAAUCCAUGAAGAUACGGUAAAAAUGUACUUCACAGAAGGAACGCCAUAUGAAACCCCAUUCAACCAUUCCACAUCAACAUCAUUAUCUGAUCUCCGAAUUGAGCCUGCAGUGAAAGAAGAUAAUGAUGAAGAUCUCAAGACAGAGUCUGAGACAGUCAAUGUGUCUCAGCCUGAACCAGCUGCAACUGAGACCAAGGAAAUUGAAGCAGAGUCUAUUGAAGCAGUUAAUGUUGUUGAGUCUGGCUCCAUAUCACCAGUUGAAAAACCUGUCCAGUUCUGUGAUGAAGGAACUCCUGGAGUUUGCAUGUCUCGCUUUGACUCUUUAAGUUCUUUGGACAAAAAUGAAGAAGUUGGUGAUGAAAUUGAUGGAAAAGAGACAGUAACAAGUCAAAAAUCUACUGAUGUUAAAGGGGAGGAAAAUGUCGUUGGAACAACACCACCAGGUUCUCCUCCCACUGUUCAUGAGACAUCAGGUCAAUCAGUUGAUCAGGAAGCAGGAAGCAAAAUAGUAAAAUUAAAUCCUGAACAUCAAUAUGCGGAAGAGACCCCCCUCAUGUUCUCAAGGGCAAGCUCUUUGGGAUCCUUGUCUAGCUAUGAACAGCAAUCAAUUCUAGAUGACCGUAGUUCGGUUGUUAGCGAAUUUUCUCGACUUACUAGCGGUGUUGUUUCACCAAGUGAGCUACCUGACUCGCCUUCACAACUCGUUCCCGCAAGCCCUAGACAUCUCAAGGCUCCAGUUGAAUUUACAAACCGCCUGUCAGAUGCAAGCAGUUCAGCCUUGAGAGUGCUUCCCGCCAGAUUUACUGGCUCAACUCGACCUCUUGCUCACCCAAUAAUUGACAAAGCAGCAGACAAUAGUGUCUUCGAGGACCGGUUUGCAGAUUACAAAGUGGAGGACACACCUAUGGAGUGUUCUCGAGCCACCAGUCUUAGCUCAUUGUCCAUAGAUGAUGAACCAAGAGAUGUCAGAGAUGGACCAUCGAGAUCUGGCCGAAGUAGCUUGGGAAGAGAGGAGGGAAUGGAGAAGACAGACGUAGAGAAGGAGUUAGCACUUGUUAGUGAGGGUGAGGAGGAUGAAGAUGAAGAUAUUCUAGCAGACUGUAUCAAUAUUGGCAUGCAGAACAGCAGGAGCAAGCAAAGUCACUCAACCAGAGUGCAGCCGAAACUGGGAUCUCACGUUCCGCAGCAACCAACCCAACCUGCUUCCCAGCAGCUUGCUGCCAAGCCAACAGCUUUGAGGCAGCCGGUACCAACUGCAUCUGCAAGUGCUAGUCACAGGCGUCCAGGGGUCAUUUCCAAGUCCAGCGGUAUUCCUGUCUCAACAGGAAUCCCCACCAAGAUUCCGUCUGUGACUCGAAAAGUAUUGUCUCCAGCUCUCACCCCUGGAUCUACCUCUCGAGGAGCCUCCCCUGCGACGUCGCGCUAUACACCUCCUGUGAGGAGUCACAGCGCUCCCAACAAACAAGCUAGUGAGUCCAAUGGAGUAUGUGAAGAUUCCAUGUACCGCUACUGCACGGAGGGCACACCUGCAAAUAUUUCACACGCUGGAUCGCACUCCGAUUUGUCAGUAUUAUCAUUUCCAAAUGAAGGUGAAGAAGAGCUUCACCUUGACCAAACUGGCACUGAGUUGUCGGAUGACAGCUCUACAUUUUCUGGUGAUAAUGAAAACAUCCUGGCCGAGUGCAUUCAAUCUGGCAUGCCAAAGGCGAAGACUGAUGCGAGUAGUGUGCUGUCUCACCCAUCUACUAGUGGAGCUAUGUCAAAGCGGGCUAGUGUGCCCAACUCCUCAAUGGCGUCUCGGCGGGUUGCUUCUGCCAGUCCAAGUGGGUCAGUGAAAAGUCAUCACAGCCCUACAAUGAGUCCUAUUUCUGUAAACCGAAAUGUAAAUGGAAGCCCUCAGAGGAAACCAACAGUAAGCAACAGUCCUCAACGUACCUACCCCCAGGCAAGUCCUCAGCGGUCACCUCAACGCAGCUUAGCUGGGCCUCGCAAGCCAGCAGCUAGUGCCCCAAGACCAGCCGUAAGGAUGGGUAUUAAGUCCACAUCUACACCAGUGUCAUCUCCUGCCAAUGGUCCUCGGUCUUCAAACAUAACUCCUCCUAAACAGAGACAAACCGGAGGGCCAAGGAUUGUUAGGGCAGUAAACCGUAAUGUUUAUCCAGGAGGAAGACUGCCUACUGUUGGGGAUCAUGCUAAUGAGGGACUUCUCCAGCCAGUCCCGUCUAAUGAUGAAAUGGUGCAAUUUGCAUGUGAAGAUAGUCCAUGUAAUUUUUCAUCGAGAUCAUCACUCAGCGACCUCACAAUCAACUCAUCUGAAUGCAGUCGACACCCUGUGCGUCAUUUACCAUCUGAGGGCCCUGCUAGUGACAGUCACCUCCGCUUUGCAACAGAAGACACCCCAGUUGAAGGGUCCUAUGCUGCCUCACUGAGCUCUCUUGGAGUUGAUGAUGAUGUGGAACCACCUGUAAUAAAUAUGAGUGUGAUAAGGAAUGCCCCUAACCUUCGAGUCCUCCUCUGCAUGCCUGAAGGAUGCAGCUCAGAUGAGGCGACUCCCUCAUCUGGCGGUGCUGUUGCCCUCACUUUGUCUGACAGCAGUGACAAAUUCUCAGAUAAAAUGUCUGACAGGCAUCAGCCCAACCCUAGUCAAAGUUCAGCGUCCGAAGAAGUUGUUACUGUCCUGUCUCGGAACACUUCCUUAAGUUCACUCAGUGUUGAAAGCCUGGGAUCCUGUGAUCAGGAUCAGGCUCUCCUUGAACAAUGUAUUAGUUCUGCCAUGCCAAAAAGCCGCAGUAAGGAAACAGAUGGGAAUACAAAGAAGCCUGUGUCUAAACUGCCAUGUCUAGCACCUCGGUCAAGGCUGUCCACAUCCUCCAAACAAGAAGAGAAGCUCUCAGCAGGAAUGCCAGGCCCAAGUACGCAGGAUGAAUAUACUUCUGAAACACCAAAGCAAGAAUCAGAAAGGCCUAGGUUUAAUAGUGAAGCUCUAUCAGAUUCUGGCAUUCAUGAUAAAGUAUCUGAAGAACCCAUCACACAAGGCAGGAAGUUUAAUUUUGUUGAAGAUGUGGAUGUAAUGAAGGACAGUGCCACAAGCACUGGAACAUGGGCAGAUGACUCUUCACCAAAUGAAAUAUCCUGUCCAAGUGUCAGCAUCACAGCUCCCACUGGGGGGUCAAUUAAGAGUGAGAACUACCGUGAGCUGUCUGAUCUUGUUGAAGAGAAUCACGACUCUGCAAGCGAUGCUCAAGAUUUACCAAGUUUGACAGAUUCCUGGUUACUUGAAGCAGAGGCAACGAAAGUGGCCUCUGCAGUCAUGGGCCACAGCCUAAACAGUAUUGACAGUAUUCUGCCUCCCUCAGAAAUGGGAAGUCUAGGUUCUCUGAGUCAGAGUUUCUCGGGACGAUCACUUCCUCACACUCUUCUCAAUAGAAAUUGCACUUCCAGGAAGAAGUCCCUACCAUCAGCUUUAAAUAAUGGUAUUGGAAAUGAUGUCUCUGUAGAGUUUAAUCUAUCUGCUAGUUUUACUUGUCACUUGGACAAUGUUCGAGCACCUUCAAUGUUGGAUGAAAUGGGUGACUCUGAAAACAGCUUCAUGAGUAUUGCGAGCAUCACAUCAGAGGCUGCUGAUAUUGUUAUUGAUGCACCUCGGGAGGGUUUUCCGAGUGAUGCCACAUAUGAGUUAGCUCGACCUGCUUUCAUGCAAUUAGAAGAAGAUGGCCCCAAAUAUCCUGCACAUGUGGAUGCCCUUGACCAGCCCUCUACCUAUCAUGAAAUUACUGAGCUCUCUACUGACCAAGACUUGACCUUGGAACCAGGCACUGAGACCAUUGCCUCUGACAAUGAGCUUAAUGAUGAGGUGGCUGAUACAAAAACACUAGAGGCCCCAGACUUGCCCUGUGACAGUCAGCGUACCACACCGUCAAGUUCAGUUGAGUCUUCACCAAAGAAGGGCCUGACACCGAAGCAGCGUCGGGAGCUUGCUCGUGAUCGCUUUCAGACCUACACUAUAAGCUCACCAAGCUCCGAACCUAAACCUGUGCAGGGAGAUCAAGAAACUUUGAGUCCUAAAGCCUCAAGUUUGGAUACAUCGCCCACACCAAAACAGAGGCGACAGAUGACACGAGAUCGUUAUCAAACCUACACCAUCAACCCCAGUGUGGAGCAAAGGACGGAUGCUUAUGAGAGACAAGUUAAUGAAGUUAAGAAGAGUGCCACAGUUGGAGAUGUUCCCUCCAACGCUGAAGCUUUGAAGAAGCCAAGAGUUACUCCUAAACAACGGAGGCAGGAGGAUCGUGAUAGAUUUAGAACAAGGACCCUUGACAAGGACUGCAUAACUGGUAGCAAUUAGCAUACAUACCUAAACACAUUAAUUAUGAAAAUCCUCAUUGAAAUGACAAUAUAAUCUUGUGUUAUCAAAGUGAUUAUUAAAUUGUAAUUAUUGUUUAUUUUAGUUCAUUAUCUUUAUUUAGAAGUAGGUGCAACUGAAAUAUCUAGAUCGGCAAGGAAAUGUUGUCAGCAAGUUAAUUUAUUUUAGCAUUGUUGUACGAUUUCUUCCUCUGCUUCAGUUGUCAGUUGAGAAGUUGUUACUGGUUGCAUUUUAAGUGUGAUUGCUAGUCAUCUUCACAUAUGUGUAAUAACAAAUAAGAAGUAAUUAAGAUGGAUUUUAUGGUAAGGCUGACUGUGUUACAUUGGUGAUGCAGAAGACAGAAGCACCUAGUUAAUGACAGUAAUACCAAUACCAAAUCAGCUAGUUAGGCUCCUUAAUAGCUAGGGAUGUAUUCAAUUUUUCUCAAAGAGGGCUCGCUCUUUUAGAAAAAAAACAAAAAAAAAAAACUUUAUGCUUAGAAAUGUGUAAGCCUGUGAAGGUCACGUUUUUCAAUAUACCAUACAGAUAUCCUCAAUACCCAAAACCUCCUAUUCACUUAUAAUGUAUACAUGCUAAAUUUAUUAAAUUCCCAUCUCUGUAGAUAAUAAUGCUGUGAUAUUUGCUAUUUGUACUUAAUUCGCUGCAUGUAGUUAUGAAAGUGAGGAUAGGUUUUGAGUAGGAAGAGGAAUCUGAUUUUUUUAAUAUACUGUCAUUAACAAGGAGCUUUAGAAUUACCAUUUUAAAAUCUUAUUUCUUAAAGUGCAAUUGAUUUGGAUACUAUCUCUUCUUUUCAGAGCAUAUCCAAGUUUGUGGUAUUUUCUUCUUGACUUUCAUUCAGUUUGCCUCUAAUUUGGAAUAGACCAGACACAUCACUCUAAAGUGUCUUCUUUUUUUUGGUACCACUUUAAAGUUGUUGUUUGUAUUUUACCAACUCAAAAUCUAGAUUCCGAUUCAAUUUUUAGUCUUCAAUUCUCUCAACUCCUCCUUGUUUCCUAAUCAGGUCCAUAGGUUUUUUAAGUACCUCUAAAGUACCCAAUUUUCCUCAUCACAUAUGUAAUUAGUCUUUUGUUAAGCAUUAUGUUCAACAGUUCAAUUUUAAAUAUUUUGAUCUUUAAAACAUAGAGAGGAGUCGCAGGGCUUCUGAAAAACAUAUGUGGUUCGACCACACUCUUUUUUUAUCUACCAAGUAGCACAAAUGUGAAACUUUUCCAUACAUAUCCAGCCCUGUUUAUUAACAUUCAUCCAUUGUUCUUGCCAUCCAUAUGAUGACUCACAUGGUAGUUUGUCCAUCCUACCUUAAUUCUAGGUGACUCCUUCCUUCUAUUUUAUCUCUCUUGCUUAAUUUAAAUAUCUAAAUCCUUUUAACUUCUUCUAUGCAUCUUUAUUUCAAUCAGGUUUUGUGUUGAAGUUGUGAGAAAGAUUUAAUUGUCAUUCUUCCUCAAAUUUGGAAGCGUUGAUAUGUUGUGUGUAUUUCAGGAACUAGAGGUGAAAAUCUUCAAGUCCUUUGAUUCAGGAAUAUUUGACAGUUGAGAGACAUUUCUUGCAUGGUUCCUGUUUUUAAUGAUCAAGUUUCUGAUGGUUGAAAUAUGUAUCUAAACCUCAUUCAGUGAGUGUUCUAUGUUAUAAAGGGACUACAAAUAAUGAGAACAAAAAAACAAAGAACUAAACAAUGGUAUGACUGGUGUGAUGUAGAGUGUUUGUAGACUUUAGACCUGAAUCAUUUUAGUCUUAUGUCGGAACCAAAUUGCAUCUCUCUUCCUACCGCUCUAUCUACUCCAUAGCUGUCAGCUUUUGUAAUCAUUACCCUCUUAUCUCUUUGAUAUUGUAUUACAUCUGUACAUUUGUUGUGUGGUCUGUUUUGUAGUAGAUGUAAGUUGUAGAUAUCUAACUUUAGUGAAGUGUACCCUUUGGUGUUAAUCAUGGGCCGUUUCUUUUCCUUUUUUUUCCCUUAGACUUUCUAACAAAUUUUUAUCUUUGUUUCUGCUAAGUGUUUUUCAUUUUGUUAAUGCCUGAAAGUGACAAAUUAUUAUAGACUCCUUUAUUUAUUAUUUAUAUUUUUGUUAAAACUCUCAUUUCUGUAUUUGGAUUAUUUAUACUUAACUUCUAUGUUCCACCAGCAAAACCCAGCUUUUGACACUUUUAGAUUGGUAUUUUGAUAUUCCAGUUUACUUGAGGGCUUCCAUUUGACGUGAGGCUUCUAAAAUAAAUAAACAAAAAUCUGCCUCAAAAUUGAUUUAUGCUCUUAUUGUCCUUCUCAGCCAAUCAUACCCUUGCCUCUUUUUUUUGGCUUUGCACAUUUGCUUUAUAUCUGUGAACCCAUUUAUUUUGUUGUGAUAGGGCCGUAUACCCAUUUAAGUCAUGUUACCAUUGAAUGUUUGUCUGAUUCUACCUUGAGGUUCUUCUCAGAGAAGGUGUAUUGAUUUGUAGUUAAUUAAUCUACUCAUAUUUACUGUGAAGUGUAUGUUAGACAACAAGUUAUUAUACUUUGCUUUUAAUUAGUGACCCUAUCUAAAGGAUGACUGAUUUUACUUGAAGCAACGAAUUGUGAGUGCUACUCAAUUUUCAGAAUGAACAAGCCAUUCCAUUCGGGAAUCAGACUCGUAGUAGGAGGCUCAAUUUCUGUCCUCCUGUCAGUGAGAUUAUGGUGAGAAAUCUGUUAUAUACAAUGUAUUUUGAACAUUAAAGAAAUGUGGCAAAUUA